AUGUCUUAUCAAGCGGCUGUUACUACCGAGGCUCAGGCCGGCACAAUUCCACUGCGACAUCCCGAUACCACGACUGAUCGACCGCCGCCUCCUCCCCCGGUGCCCUCUUCCGAUCCUCAUUUGAUCGCCGACGACCCCUCCGCACCGAAAGCCUCUGCCGAUCAUGGCCUCUUCGAGAUGUCACCAGCAGAAGCACUCGCUCUGCUGAGCGCUGGCGUCGAGCUUCUCGUCAGGAUAACGGGCGAUGUCCCUCCGACACCACCGCCAAAAUCUCCCACUGUGCCGCACAUGAGUGGCAUGCAAGCCGAGAAGGAGAAUAUUGUGCGAUCAUACUCUGAUAAGAAUCUGGCAAAAUUAAGGAAACAGGCCGAGCUUGAGGCUAAGAGAUUGGCUGCCAAAGAUAAGCCUGAGCCUGUGCAUGACAAUCAACCAGAGUCGGGGGAUAUUGAUGGUGUGCGACUGAAGCCUCACCCAGGUCUCAUGUCGCCGCCGCCUCAAUCAGAGCCUUACGUUGUCGUUGGUGCUGAUUCUCAGCCUGUCAAUUUGCAACACAGCGCCAUAACACGCAAAUUCUACAGCAAGAAUGAGCCUCCGAUCACUAUUAACCAAUAUCUUCAGCGGCUUCACCAAUUCUGUCCCAUGAGUACCGCAGUAUACCUCGCGACAUCACUGUAUAUACACAGAUUAGCCGUCGAGGAGCGAGCCAUCCCUGUCACCCGGCGCAACGCACAUCGCUUAGUCCUGGCUGGUCUUAGAGUUGCCAUGAAAGCUCUUGAAGAUCUAUCUUAUCCCCAUGCCAAGAUGGCUAAGGUGGGUGGCGUCAGUGAAGCAGAGCUGGCUAGGUUGGAGAUAAGCUUCUGUUUCCUGGUUGGAUUCGAACUAGUUGUUGGUGAGAGCAGACUACGGAAACACUACGAGCGAUUGAGGGAUCGCACAUCGCAUCACGGCUUCGAUAAUGCGGAUGUUCCUAUAUUGAACCUCAAGCCUCGGCCACGCGGCGGAGUUCAGCCAGCAGCAUAG